AUGCGCUCCCAGUACGGGGCAGCAGCCGUGCCGCUGCAUGCAACCCUCAGGCCGAUACUCUCGGUAACACACUUCUCCGACGAGCGUCACUUCUUCCCCAGACUCUCGGUAGCACACUUCUCCGACGAGCGUCACUUCUUCCCCAGACUCUCGGUAGCACACCUCUCUGACGAGCGUCACUUCUUCCCCAAACUCUCGGUAGCACACUUCUCCGAUGAACGUCGCUUCUUCCCCAGACUCUCGCGCCGCCGCCACUCGGGCGCACAGUCGGUCUCGGGGCGGUGGCGUCAGGUCAGCAGCGUUCGGUUCGGACCUCCGGGUCUGCGGGAGAACGGUCACGUGCUUCAGCGCGCUCCAGUGAUGCUGAACGUACUGCUUCUGGCCAUGACCGUGACCCUGCAUUUGGCACGCGGCGCGCCGGCCGCGUCCGUGUCGAGUCGACCGGAGGGUCGCCCGGCCGCGCCGAGCCGGUCCGACCCGGUCCUGGACGCCGUCCGGCCGGCAGGCACGGACAGCCGAGCCGGCGGCGAGCGGCACGAGGCGGGCCCCGAGCCCGGCCCGCCCGGGUACAGGACCAGACGAGAGGUGUUGGACUCUCUGCGGCAUCUCCGCCGGCUGCGCCACGCCUCCGCGUCCUCCAGCCCCAGCCUGUCCAUCAUCAACCCGCUGGACGUGCUCCGGCGGCGAGUCAUGCUCGAGAUGCUGCGUCGCAGGAUCCGCAAGAACAGGCUGCAGAUCAGCAAGAAUUCAGACAUUCUUGCAAGAAAGGGAAAGCGCAGCACCAGAACGCAGCUUGCAUCGAAUAACAACCUCAGCGAGGGCUCCAGGAGAUUUGAGUCGAGCCAGAGACAAUCGGAGCUCUCCUGAGUCUCGUCACGUUAGGUCGGAGGAAGAAAGGUGAGAGUUUUGCGAGCGGCCACUGAUGCGAUUAUAAGUUAACGAAAAGUAAAGGGAAUGUUCCACAUUUGUAUGGGGUUUGAACUGAAAUAGCUAUUU